AUGAUUGUAUGUCUGCAUAUAGGCCUGAGUCCAUGUUUGUUGAUUAUCUGUCUCUGUGUCCAUGUCUUUGUCUAUGUCUGUCUCCCUGUCUCUCACUCACUCUCUCUCUCUCUCUGUCCAUGUCUGUGUGUCUGUGUCCAUGUCUGUGUCUAUGUCUUUGUCUAUAUCUGUCUCUCUCUCACUCUCUCUCUCUCUCUGUCCAUGUCUGUGUGUCUGUGUUCAUGUCUAUGUCAUGUCAAUGUAUGUGACUGUUGCCAUGUCUGUGUCUAUGUUUUUGUCUAA